GAGUGACUGCGGCCGAGAGCUCGUGUACAUUCAAUGGGUGUUUCGCGUAUGUCGUCGAGGUCGCCGAAUUGAAACUCCGCAGUACUUCGCCUCGAUGCACCUUUCGCCUCGUGUCGCUUGUUUUUACGCGUGCGGUGUUGUCGACUCGGCUGAAAUUUAUGUAGAUAUAGGGAAGUACGAUCGUACUUGCUGCAUUUUUAGUAUUGGUGUUCACUAUGAAUGUUUGGGAAAGGUUUAUGUACCAAAGGCGGGCCUUGUUCGGGGGUGGCGGUUUCAACGGACCAUACGAAGAAGGCUGGACUAUACCAGAGAUGGUCGGUUACUACAGCGAAGCGACUUUGCCCAUAGCUCAAGUUCGUACGUCCAACGAAGAACCCCUCUCAGUGAAGAAACUCGUUUGCAGUCCUGAUCUAACAAUUUCCUCUGAUCAUUUCGCCAACAAAUCAGCCGAUUCCGAAGCCAUCCAGUGUCAAGUUUGUAACAAGAUGUACACUUCCAAAGUAGCGUUCACGAACCACGCUCGCACCCACGCCAAAGAGACUGAGGAUCCCUACCGAUGCAACAUUUGCUCCAAGACUUUCGCAGUGCCUGCAAGACUGACAAGACAUUACAGAACGCAUACAGGGGAGAAGCCAUUUAGAUGUGAAUUCUGCAGCAAGCCUUUCAGCGUCAAAGAAAACCUCUCAGUUCAUCGACGAAUCCACACGAAGGAGCGCCCUUACAAGUGUGAAGUCUGUUCCCGCGCGUUUGAACAUUCUGGCAAGCUACAUCGACACAUGCGAAUCCAUACCGGUGAGCGACCUCACAAAUGCUCGGUGUGUGCCAAGACCUUCAUCCAGUCCGGCCAACUCGUUAUCCACAUGCGUACACACACGGGGGAAAAGCCAUACGUGUGCACUGUGUGCCAAAAAGGGUUCACGUGCAGCAAGCAGUUGAAGGUUCAUUCCAGGACACAUACUGGAGAAAAACCUUAUUCCUGUGAAAUUUGUGGGAAGAGUUUUGGAUACAAUCAUGUGCUGAAGUUACACCAGGUUGCCCAUUACGGAGAAAAAGUAUACAAAUGUACUAUCUGCAACGACACAUUCAACUCAAAGAAAAGUAUGGAGGCACAUAUUAAGAGCCAUUCAGAGAGUAUACCUCAACAGCCACCAACUCCACCGGCAUCGUCAACUUCAGAAUCGUCGUGUUCCAGUGGCAGUGAUCUAGAAAACCCCAAAGUUUCUUCCCCACUACCUCUCAUCCAAGAACCGUUGGAACAUUCAAGAACUGUUAACUACGAUUAUAUCGUUUAUACCACAAGGGAUAGAGGGUCCCCAACUGGGUAUCCUACGAACUACGCCGUGCCUACAACAGGAGUCGAACUUCUAGCAGCAGCAGCUACAGUUACCGAAAGAGAAGAAGUUUACCGCAACACACAGGACAUGGUCUUCAACUUGAUGAAGACUAAUCCCGCUGCUCUGCGACAUCCUGCCUACUUCUCCACGCCUACCGUCCAAUACGCUCCUAUUACUGCUGGAGAUGGUAUAAGGAGGAGAGUGGAAGCUGUACUCGCUGCGGAGGAGAAUCAUUCCGAAGACGUCAUUAUUACUCCUCCCAGCUCGAAUCCCGUAUCUCCAGCUUCCUCGUUAUCACCUCCCGUCUCUCCCGUUCCCGAACCUGACCCAGAAUUGAGUUUACCUCCCAGAAAAAGAUCCAAAAUGAUCCUUAAGUCGAUGGAAUCCAGUAUCGACUUGUCGCCUGUUAGGUACAGCUCAGUGAUCCAGUAUGCCAGAGCUUCGUAACUCAGCGCCUAACUAAAUCAAAUGGAACCUGCUAAUUUUUAUGAAGGAAUAGGUUAUUCAAAUAAUGAAGAACUAUAUAUUUAUUAAUACAUAGUAACUAUUAAGAGUAAUUGUGAAGAUUAAAAAGUAUGUUUUGCAAGGAAAGUACUAUAAGUGAUUUUGUAUUUUUAUUACCCUACAAAAUAUAACAAAACUUUUCGUAUAUUUUAAGCAUAGAAAAAAUUAUUGUAAGCUAUUGCUUCAUAAAGAUAAAUGGUCAAGGUUAGUUUUGUAAUCGUACAAGUUAGCUUUAUAUAUUUUGUAUUGGACGUCGUGGAUACAAAUGGUGACUUUUGUUUUUCUGUGAUAAGACUGAAUGGACCCAACGUUUUACCUCAUGGCAGUGCCUGGCCUUUAUGCAAUAUAUAUGUAUAUGUAUAGUUUUUUGGCGGAAAGAGUCUUUGUAAGUUCUCAUAGGUAUAGUUGGUUAACGUUUUAAUAUUGAUUAUUUUUUCGUCGAAACAAUAGCGUGAAAUGUUUUUUAUGUUAAUUUUUAUUAUCUAAUAAUGUAAAUGUGUACUGUACUGUAAGUCUUAAGUCUGAGCCGAGAGUUCCCGUCGGGGGAACCUGUGGUAUUUAUAAAUUAUUAUAUUCCCUAUCAUGAGUGUAGUUGUAAACAAUUCACAUAAAAUAAAUUGUAUUAUGGAUAUUA